AAGAGCCGCCUGCAAAAUCCUCAAUGCAAACGUCGCGUGCGGCCGGCGCAGGCGACAAGACCAAGCGUAGAAUUAGAAUCGUAGUAACCGACAACAACAAUUUAGCCAGCGCACCACCACCACCCAGUGCACCCAGUGCACCACCACUACACACAAGCACACACACACAAUCGCACUCGCCCAGCCAUGAGACGAAGCGCUUGAACAUUGAGUACAGCGAUAAUGACAGCGGGCUGAUUUGGGAUACGGAUAAGGAUAUAUUGAUAUUGUCGGGACGCAAUAAGAAUGACAAGAACUGGGAGAACUGGGAGCGCAUACGCGAGCAGAAGCUGGAGAAGAUGAAGAACAUUUGCUUCGAAAGCUACAGACAGUCGAAGCGCGACAAGUCGCUGGUGAAGCCAAAGCCCAAGCAGCUGGACUCCACAUGGUAUACGGAUAAUAUUUACUCCAAUCGCUCGGAUGACUACGAUGAGGAUUAUGUGCCGGACUGUCUGAAGUAUGGCAGCUAUAGCAAUCGCAUAUUGCGCGACAUACGCGAGCAGGACGAGAAAUACGCUGAGGAUGGGCAGCCCAUGCGUGAGCGACGUGGCGAGGGCGAAGGCUCGCCUGGCUAUGGACUGCAGCGCUCCAAGAGCUGCAAGGAGUUUCAGUAUCCCAAAUCGCAAAGCUGCUGCUUCGAGGGCAAUGUCUAUGAAGUGGGUCAAGGCGCUGCCGCCACAACAGGCACAACUUCCAUAUUGAAGAAUCGCUCAGGUGUGCCCAAGUCUUAUUCAUUUAGCGCUUCGACCAAAACAAUGCCAUUUGACAUAAUCGACUAUGAGCUGCCGCCAGCAUCGAAUACGCGGCGGGAUAAGCGUGAAGCCUACAGACGAAGCAUGCAGCUGCUUUAUAGCAAUAGCUUGGAUAGCCAUGGGCAUGGGCACAGCUGCUGUGCGCGUGAGCAGUGCACCAGCGCCAAGUGCCUGCUGGACGAUAUUUAUGCUGGAGCGCGUGGUGCUGCUGCUGGGCGUGGCAGCAACAGGCAGCUCAGUCGCCAGCUGCGCUCGCCUGCGGAUUGGCUGUUCGAAGAGGAGCAGCAGCAGCUGCGCCGCAGUCAGCGUCAGCAGCAGCAGCAGCAGCAGGUGGUUUGCUGCUGUGCGUCCGAUGACUAUUGCUGCCAUCGCCAGCCGCCAGCGCCGCAGCGUUUAGCGCGACGUGCGCCGCCGCCGCCACACUGCCCAGGUCAUCAUCCAGCUGCAGAGGAGGAGGAGCACAUGCAUUGCCGCUACGACACCGAGCUGGAGCAGCUUAUACGCGCCGAGCGUGAUCGGCUGCUGCUGCAGGACAAGUUCUUGGACGAUGAUGAGCGCUAUUUGGCGCACAGUCCAAGUCGGCGCCACUAUGCGCCGCCCUAUGCGCGUCCAGUGCGCAGCAAGUCGCUGCUGGAGAUGCAGCCGCCCAGCUUAUUCGACGAGGACAGCUGCUCGGAUACUACAGAGAUCGAUCUAGAGGAUUUCAACAUUGAUUUGGAAAAGUACUGGGAGCAGCUGGACAAGCCGCCCAGUCCCAUUGACAUGGACAUGCGACGCAACAUGCACAGCAAUUUGAAAGUGAAAAACGUCAAUGUGCGUUGCUAUAACAAUGGCCAGCCCAUCGAUAUGGUGGAUCGCGAGCAUGAGCGGCUUAUGAUUAAAAAGUCGCUGCUGGAGGGCAUGCCCUCGCCACCGCAAUUAGAUGCUAGUGGCGCUUUUUUUGAGCACAAUGCGGCGGCUGCACUGCAGCAACAGGAGCGCCUGCCGCCCAGCUAUGGCUAUGGGCAUAAGAUUUAUCCCACUGUGGACACGCUGCCCACUUAUCAGUACAACAAUUUCUAUCCGGAGCAUCAGCUGGGCGGCAAUGUGCUCACCCAGCAGCCUACGGCGGGCAUACAUCACGCCUCGGCGGGCGGACACUCGGCGCUGAGUUUGAUCAACAACAUUUUCUCCAUCUACAAGCCCAACAAGUAUUCGCCCGAGAAUUGCCAGCUGAACUAUGAGAGCAAACCGGAGCCGUGCAAGAAAAUGAAUAUGCCAAGCACGCGACGGCCGCUAGGUGGCGCCAGCAGCUGCCAUGGCCCCGAGUAUUUGCACUCGUCGAUGAAGCGUCCACUGCUGGUGAGCACAGAGCAGCCGCAUUUCAAGAUUAUACCCGAGAAGACGGGACUGAAGAUAUCGCCGCUGCUGGCUUACGAUGAAUACGGCGGCGAUAAGUCGCAGCACAGACUGAGCAGCACCGCUCGACCGCUGAUGCUUCCGCACUGAUGGUGCUGGACAUUUCCGUGGUAUGGUAAUGGUAAUUAUUGUUAAAGAAUGAAGCGGCAGUGAGAGCAAGUGAAACCAAAAACAAAAGACUUCGCUUUAUAAAAAAGGCAAACAACUACCCAAAACGCACAACUGGGCCAAACUCUCCAACUCUCCAAGCAACUCAACUCUACACAAAGCUACAACAACGUUUAAGGUUUGAGCCUCAUUUCAUUCAUAGCCAACAACAGCAACAGCAACAUGAACACCAACAACAGCAACAACAACAACUGCGCCAUACCAUUGGAAACGACAACAACAACAACAACAGCAAGUUGUUCAUACUUAUUAGCAAAUUGUUAGCUAAGCAUUAGUUUAGUCUCGAAUUGGAAUUUGCACACACAUACAAGCAAACAAACAAACAUUAAUUGUUGCAAUUAAAGCAACUGCGUUCGCUUUUGAGAAAUCGCCGCUUACUUAGUAAUUAAAUAUGCUAACAAAAAUCAAUGUAAUACUAAAUUUUCGAGCAACUUUUAAGCAAUCAGCAGCGUAUGCAGAUAUACAACAAAUGAAAUAUUUAUAUAUGUAUACUAAACAGUUGCUGCGUUUCAUUUUCAGAACAAACUAAAGCUUUUAGUUUAGAAAAUGUUACAAGCAGCAGCAGAAACUGUUAAAUUUAGUGUUAGGCAAAUUCAUAUCCGUGUUUCAACGCAUUGUAUACCCUUUAAAAAACAACAAGAAACUCUAGCAGCUAAGCCUAAAGAUUUUAUGACGACUAACUAACUGUUAAAACGUUAAACGCAACGUUUAACGCUGCCCACAAUUUGAGACGAACAUGUUUUUAUUGCUACUAUUUUUUAUACCAAUACCAACUUUAACUGUACCCAACACACACACACAGACACACACACACACACAUAUAUAGCGCUAGCUGAGAUUAAAGCGUGCGCAGCUGUUAACAGCUAAAGUAACAUUUUGAAGGCUUUUGAAUUCAUUUAUUUGCAGCUACUAGACUUAGGCUUAUUAUAUAUAUAACUGUAACUGUAACUGUAACUGCAACUGUAUGUGGUGUCGCUUUUUACAGCAGACAGCAAAGAUUACUAGAUUUGUAUAUAAGCUAACCAUAUAUGAUGGGCAUAUAUAUUAUGAUUGUACUUUUGAUGAUGUAUGCGUAUCCACUGGCCUUAUUUAUUGACAAAUGCAACGGAACAAGCUAACCAAACAUUAAAUUAAAUGUGCUGAACUCACACACACACACAGUUAUCGAACACACACACACACACACUUGUGCACUAAGUGUAUAAAUUGAUUUGCGUAUUACUUUUAAGCGCACUUGAUGAGAUGCAUUAAUUACAAUUUAUUCAAAUAUAUAUAGCAACUGUAAGGCUUUAAUUUGUUUAAUUCGAUUCGGUUUUAACGUUUUCUUUGACGUCCAAUUUUACAUGAGUACAUAAGAAGUAUUAAAUGCUAGCGAGUAGCUGCGUAACGAGUAACAGUAACGAGAGUAACGUAUUUUGUAGUUCGUAAGUGUAGCUGCUAACAAAACAGCAAUAAAAAUAACAAACAUUUUGAAUUUGAAUUUAUUUUUAAUAACUUUUGAAUAAAACGACAGCUAAAUGAUAAAUCUAGAUACAUUUUAUUAGACAUCGUUUUCUAUUCACAUUGUUGUUGAACUACUUACACCUACAUAUACAAAUAUAUAUAUAUAUGUAUACUCUAAGUGUACCCCUAUGGCCUAUUAGCAAUUAAGCGUAACGAAAGUUUUUCUAAAAACGAACAGAACAGAACAGAACCGAAUACAGUUGCACCCCCCCCCCCUCAAACCCAAUGAGUCACAUCGAGCGCACCCCAUUUAUAAUAUUAUGAAACUAGCAAAUAUUUGAAACAUAACAAAAUAUAACUACUACUGUUAGUUGUUAAGUGUGCUGAAGAAAAAAGUGUAAAAUGCAUUCAAGUCGCAGAGCAUGAAACGCCCCAAAUCUUAUGAGUAUGUAAAAAAA